GGGACGGGGCAGGCGCGAGCUGCCGCCAAACGCAGAAGAAGCCAACGAGACACACAAACGCGACAGAAGCAAGUGUUCUGGAACAGUUAGACGUAGAUAGGCAUGUCUAUUUUUUUUGUUUGAUUUUUCGCGUUUAGAAAAGAAGUACUGAGUGGGACUCCGUGCAGUUUGAAUACACUGACUACUCGUGUGUCAAGAGACCCGAAGGAAACACAACUCUCGCGCUUGUCGCCUUCUGCAUAUUUAAUUCGCCGUGAACAUUUCGCUGUCUUUUCAGGAAUUUUUUUUUUUUCGCGUCAUCGAUAGCGCUCUGAAAAGUUUUGAACUGAAAUGCAGAUUACUUUUUCUCUCGUGUAAAAGUGGCUACUGCAAGCCACGCGUGGCGUGCCCUACAAGAAGGCAGUACUUCAGGCAGCGUUUCGAACGCGCUCUUUAUAAAUUAUGUGCUGCAGACGCAAAGUUCUUUAGAUGGAUGCUGUGUACAGGUGUUGUCGCCCCGAGACUGCAGUAUGUGCGGUACUUGAUCGCCUGGGGUUACGUUCGGGAGCCGUGCAGAGAAAAUAUGGCCCUUUUCAGUCAGAGCGGACCGUCUUCUGGAAACGUGAUGCGGCAGACUGAGAGCGGAGAGCCCGGCUCGCGCGCCCGCCUGCCAGUGCUUCCUGUCUCCGUCGUUUCCCGGGCAUCGGCGUAGAGUCUGAGGAGGAUGAGCGCGGACCUGGAGCGCCGCAUGUCCCUCGAUUCGUCCUCGGCGAACUCGCUGGAUUCAGACGGGCGCCCGCUGUCCGUCAACGUGAAGAAGCUGCACAACUCGCUCAACCUGCUGCUCGCCGACGUGGAGCGGGAGCAGUUCAUCCACUGCCUCAACAUUUACCACUCCAAGCGCAACGUGUUCGACCUGGUGCAAACUCUCAAAGUGAUCCUCAACACGGAGAGCAAGCGCCAGCUGCUGCCUAUGCUGCGCCUCGUUAUCCCGCGCUCCGACCAGCUCCUCUUCGACCAGUACACAUCCGAAGGCCUCUAUCUGAAAUCGGAUCUGUUGCCCGGCACGGGCACCACGGAAAGCCUCGUCCAGGUGGGAAACGGGAUCCUCAGCGGCACCCCGGCGGAGCAGCAGCGCCGUCCCAGUUCGGCGUCGCCGCUCUCCUCCCCCAGCAGCAGUUUCAGCACCAGGGGCGAGGCGACAGCUCCCUCGGCGGCGCUCUGCAGGAGGGCGUGUGUGCAGGAGCUGCCCGCCGAGAUCCGCCAAGUGACUCUGAAGCGCCACAAGAGCAACGAGGGGCUCGGCUUCAGCAUCCGGGGGGGCUCCGAGCACGGCGUGGGAAUCUACGUGUCGCUGGUCGAACCCGGCUCCUUGGCUGAGAAAGAAGGGCUCCGGGUCGGGGACCAGAUACUCAAAGUCAACGAGAAGGUGUUCGACAGGGUGACGCAUGCCGAGGCGGUUAAGGUUCUGAAGGGCUGCAAGAAGCUCUGCAUGUCCGUCUGCUCCAUGGGGCGAAUCCCUGGGGGUUAUAUCACUAAUCACAUCUACACAUGGGUGGACCCCCAGGGACGCAGCGUGUCUCCUCCCCUAGACCUUCCUGAGCAUCAGAGUGCCACUGUGCGGCGCACAAGCAGCCAGCGGCACAGCCAUGUGCCCAUCCUUCAGGAAGGGGAUGAGAAGAGGGUGAAUUUGGUUUUGGACAAUGGGCGCUCCCUUGGCCUGAUGAUCCGAGGAGGGGCAGAGUAUGCACUGGGCAUCUACAUCACAGGGGUGGACAGGGGCUCUGCUGCAGAGUUUGGAGGACUCAAGGUUGGAGACCAGAUUCUGGAGGUGAAUGGAUGCAGCUUCCUGAACAUUCCCCAUGACGAGGCAGUACAGGUGCUGAAGACCUCACGCCACCUGAUAAUGCUGGUGAAGGAUGUGGGCCGCCUGCCACAUGCCCGUACAGUGGUGGAUGAGACCCGCUGGAUCCCUAGCUCCCAGAUUUCCGAGAGCUCUGCAAUCAACAGCGUGGCUGGAAUGACUAUGGAUAAUGGUGCUUCGUGCUCAGGAAAGCCCAUCUUCUACAAGGGCUUGGCAGGCUCUCAGGUGACUCUCAGCAGCCUAGCAACCCAACCACGAGCCAUGUUGGAGGAGCAGGCGCGCCUCCUGCUCACAGAAGCAGAAAGGCAGACCUUGAGCUACUACCUGGAGGAGUAUCGGGAGACCCAUAUUGGGAUAGAACAGCUUGUCAUGGCUUUAUUUGAAUUGUUCAACACUUAUGCCAAGUUCUCUUUAAUGUCUGAGAUGAGGGGUCUCGUGGCUCCCCAGGAUCUGGAGCGAUUUGAUGGGUUGGUUCUAUACCAUGAGAUUGAGGCAAUAAAAGCUCGACAAGGAGGAGCUGAUGUACUGAAUCCUAACUCUAUCUCCACGGCACCCCACCACAACCUGAACUCCUACAGCAGCUACCAACCUCCCAACUUGAUGAGCUCAGCACGGAAUGGCAGCAGGCUGGACAGUAGUAGCGAAGGCCCCUUGGAGACUCACAGUGCCCUACUGGACAUCUCUCUGGAUGAUGUGCAGUCUGCUGAAGACUCCCCACCUUCUUUCAAGCCUCCUCCUCCCCCAGGGUUGUUGAGACACCCUAGCCCAAGGGUCCAACCCAAGAGGCCUUCCUCUGCAUGUUCCCAGACGGGACUUUUCUUCACUGCACCCUCCAGUGGCUCUCUGGACUGCAGUCACAUGUCUCCCACUGCUGGCCUUUCCAAAAAGGAAGUUGCUGCUCAUCCUUCCCCAGGAAAGCAGCAGGCUCUGAAGACGUUUCUCUGCCCAGAGUCUGCAGGCAAGGCCAGCCCUACUGCCCCCUCCCCUCCCCCUGCACCGGUUGCCCCUGUGUCAGCCCCUCCAUCAACUCCUCCUCCUUCCAGCCCUAAGAAGCCAGUGUCCUCCUCCCCUGCCUCAAAACAGAGCUUUACUAUGGUGGAUGUGCACAGGCCUACUGUAGAGCCUGCACAAAAGGAUCGAGGAGCCGUCCUCCCGCAACUGUCAGACGGCGGGCAGACUCUGAGCGAGGACAGUGGGGUGGACAUUGCUGAGUCAGGAGGGUUGAACAAGGACAGCAGUCCCCGAGCUGGCAAGCCACGGACACCGCCAGAGGCACAGGGAGCCAUGGGUGCUGCAACAGAGACUCCCUCCCUGUUGCCUGGAGUUCUAGAGCCUACCUCCACCUUGGUGCGCGUAGCCAGGACUGCCAGCACAUUGGGCAUCGCAAUUGAAGGGGGUGCCAACACCCGCCAGCCCCUGCCACGCAUCGUCACCAUACAGAAAGGUGGCUCUGCGUACAACUGCGGGCAACUCAGAGUGGGUCAGGUGAUCCUGGAGGUGAACGGCAUAUCACUGAGGGGACGGGAGCAUCAGGAGGCCGCGCGGCUCAUCGCAGAGGCCUUCAAGACCAAAGAGAGAGACCACAUUGAGUUUCUCGUCACAGAAUUCAACGUUGCCCUUUAGAGGUCACCAGGGGACACCAAGUUCACUGUUGAUGGUGCCCAGGAUUAAGAAACAUUGUGAACUAGGAGUUUUGUGUCACUUGAAACAUCCCCUUGUCCGUCACUGUCAUGUUUUCAUCUCUAGCUACUGCAUGGAGAAAGGAACUCUAGGAUGCUUCAAAGAAACCAUUAUAAAGGAGAGGUCCAUGUGAAAGCCAUUUUAUCCCUUCUCCUACAGAGUCCCAGCCUACUUCAUCUGUGUUAACGUGCAUUAGUAGAGAAGCAGGAGUUUGACCGAAACCUGCCCUGGUGUUGCUGAGUCUACAUGAUUCGAGUUAUGCCUCCAACAGGACACCCCGCAGGAAAAAUAUGGUAUAAUCUAGUAGAUGUCUUAUUCACUGUCGGUCACAUACUGUGUUUCCCUACCCAACUU